AUGGAGGGCGACGCUAGUGGAGGUAGAGAGGCAUUGGACAACACCAAUGGAGAUAGAGACCAGCCAUUGGGCGGCGCCCAUCUGGCCUCCAAGGGUCCAGACGACGUUGAUUCGGUUUCCAAUCUUGUGGGUGACCCCAUUCUAGUUGAGUUGGGCGACAUCAUUCAAGUUGCAAAGUUCUUGGGAUCGAUUCAAGGAAAGGGCGCCUAUGCAGCAGGCGGCGCCAAUGACCUCCUCGGCAUGAAAGGCGACACCGAAACAAGCCUUAUGGGAGUCGGUCUUGGCCUAGGCGACGCCAGGCUAUGUCUAGGCACUGACUUGGCUUACCCCAAGCAUCGUGGGUUUGCAGGGGCCCCAAUAGGCAUUGAUGUCAUUCAUUGUGAGCCUCCAAGCGGUUCCUCUUUUUGCAACAAUCUAGACAGUACUCGACCAAGCGGUGUUAGGUGUUCUCCUAGGUCACUAGAAGAUGGUAGAUCACGUCCUUGCAGUGAAGGCAAGAAACCUGGUGGCAAUGGUGACACUCGAAACUCUAUCAAAAGGAAAUAA